GUGAGGUGAAAGGUUGUUGCUGUCGUAAAAUCUGCUCUGAGGAUUGGACUCUGGAGGCAGAGCAGGACAUAUUUGGAAAAGGUACUGAUGAGAGGAAAUGGGAAGCAGUCGCAGGCAGGGCUAGCAGACGGUGCAAUGGCAGGAUGCUGAUUUGCCACAGCAGGUUUCAUCUUUGGAACCUCCCAGAGCCUAUACAUACCUAGCCCAAAGCUAUAGCCUACGUUAUGACGACAACCAUUUUUUCGACUGACGACGACCUUCGCGUGCGGCAGACAAGACAGCAAAACGUCUGGAUGAAUGUACACCUAUUUUAAUCACAGAAAUGGCAUGUAAAUAGUGCCUUUGGUGCAUUUGGACGAACCUUGGAUGCGCGCCGAUUAGUAAUUUACCGGUGUUACAGCUUCAGAAUUUUGCCCGAAAAGACGCGUCUCUUACCUCAUUGGCAAGGAUAUGUCGGCGCAGUCCCAUCAUCAAUAACCAAUGUGGGAUAGUCUACGGGGAAUAAUAAUUUUGACACCACAUUUUGGCCUGUGUUGAAUUGAUUCAUUAUAUUCAGCAGACGAUAGGCAUAAACAAUGGCGGGCCCAGAGCAGUCCAAGCAGCAGCAGGUAGAGGAGAAAGCUGAGCACAUAGACGACGCUGAGCUCGCUCUUCAAGGUAUCAACAUGCUUCUCAACAACGGAUUCAAGGAGAGCGACGAGCUUUUCAGAAAAUACAGGACUCACAGUCCACUGAUGAGCUUUGGGGCCAGUUUUGUCAGCUUCCUGAAUGCCAUGAUGACCUUUGAGGAGGAGAAGAUGCAGACGGCGUGUGACGACCUGAGGACCACAGAGAAGCUGUGUGAGAGUGACAACGUUGGCGUCAUAGAGACAAUCAGGAACAAGAUCAAGAAGAGUUUGGAGUCCCAGAGGUCAGGGGUCGUGGUUGUGGACCGCCUGCAGCGACAGAUCAUUGUGGCCGACUGCCAGGUCUACCUCGCUGUGCUCUCCUUCAUCAAGCAGGAGCUCGCAUCGUACAUCAAAGGAGGCUGGAUCCUCCGUAAGGCCUGGAAGAUGUACAAUAAGUGCCACAGUGACAUCAGUCAGCUGCAGGAGACCUGCGUGAGGCGCUGUUCCUCCCAUGAGGAGGAUCUAUCCUCAGACCAGGCCAACCACAACACCCCAGUGGAGGGUGCUGUGACUGCAGAGGCCCUGGACCGACUCAAGGGCUCCGUCAGCUUCGGCUACGGCCUCUUCCAUCUCUGCAUCUCCAUGGUACCACCACACCUGCUCAAGAUCAUCAACCUGCUGGGUUUCCCUGGCGACCGUCUCCAGGGUCUGUCCUCCCUCAUGUAUGCCAGUGAGAGUAAGGACAUGAAGGCCCCGCUAGCUACAUUGGCCCUCCUGUGGUACCACACAGUAGUGCUGCCUUUCUUUGCUCUGGAUGGUUCUGACACUCAGGCAGGCCUGGAGGAGGCCAAGGCCAUUCUCCAGAGGAAGGCUGUGGUCUACCCCAAUUCCUCCCUCUUCAUGUUCUUUAAAGGACGGGUUCAGAGAUUAGAGUGCCAAAUUAACAGUGCUCUGGUGUCCUUCCAUGAUGCACUAGAGCUGGCAUCAGACCAAAGAGAGAUCCAGCACGUGUGUCUCUAUGAAAUUGGCUGGUGCAGUAUGAUCGAGAUGAACUUUGAGGAUGCGUUUAGGUCAUUUGAGAGGCUGAAGAAUGAGUCCCGAUGGUCACAGUGUUACUAUGCCUACCUGACUGGAGUAUGUCAGGGAGCUGCAGGGGACUUAGAUGGUGCCAAGGAUGUCUUCAAAGAUGUCCAGAAACUGUUCAAGAGGAAGAACAACCAGAUUGAGCAGUUUGCCCUCAAGCGGGCAGAGAGACUGAGGAAGAUGUCUCCCACCAGAGAGCUGUGCAUUCUGGGGGUCAUAGAGGUGCUGUACCUGUGGAAGGCUCUGCCCAACUGCUCCUCCUCCAAACUGCAGCUCAUGAAUCAGUUGUUACAGAGUGUGGAUGACGCAUCGUGCAGAGGUCUGAAAAACCUCCUUCUCGGUUCCAUCCACAAAUGUCAUGGAAAUAAUAAAGAUGCCAUCCAGUCGUUCCAGCUGGCUGCCAGAGAUGAGUUUGGUCGACAAACCAACUCUUAUGUGCAGCCAUACUCCUGCUAUGAGCUUGGAUGUGUCCUGCUUGCCCAGCCAGAGACGGUGGGAAAAGGGAGAGCAUUUCUGCUUCAGGCAAAGGAGGAUUAUGCAGGCUAUGACUUUGAGAACAGACUUCACGUGCGCAUCCACUCAGCCAUGGCCACGCUGAAGGAAGUGGUACCCCAAUGACCCCGCCCACCACUGGACGAAUAAUGAUGAGGCAACGACUCCGUCUCCAGCUGUGCACUUGAUGAUAUAGGAAGCAUGGCUAUUUUCUAAUCAAAACCACAGUAUGACUCAUCAGACAAAAUAGUUUCCCCCCCGUUUUCUGAUAGAUGUUUUACACAUCCAAAUACAAUUUCAUAGUCAAUACCAUUUUCUUCUUAAUCUAGUGGAGGGUUUUAGCCCUGCAAACCUUCCUUCCAUUCUUUGGACCAUACAUAAUGGUACAUAGGAUACUUCUUGAAGAGGCACACCUUAUUCUCAUUGUCAGGUUUUCUUGACUACAGGUAGUAACAGUACAGUUAAACAGUAAGUAAACUUGUCUUUUGUGUUCUUGUCAUGUUCUUGGGAAGACAUGUACGAGAGAUGUUUGAUUACAACCCAUAAUCGUGAUCAAAUGGUUAUUUGCCAAUUGUUUGUGUUUGCCUCAUGUGACAAGGCAAGACAAAGGUUCUUGAUUGUAUUAGUUGUCGCUGUUGUAGUACCCUCUUUUUGACCAAUAUCCAUACAAUUAUCGCCUCUGGUUUUUCAGAAAUGUGUCCUAGAUUAAAUGGCCCUACUUUGCUUGUCAUGAUGCCAACAAACAUAGAUCAUUUUUUCUGCAAUGAGAAAGUAUUAGUGAAGUUUUAUGGUGACAACAACCCCCUAAAUGAUGGGACAAGUACUUAGUGGCCUGCUACCUUGUAGUAUUGUAUUACGCAGCGUGCCAUACAGAGUGUACUAUGCCAUGCAGUGAAACCUUGUAAUAUUAGUGUCAGGUACCUUGAAUUCUGAAUAUUAUAAAAUUGCUUUUACAUUCUGACAUUCACAUAUUAGCUUACAAAUAACAUGCACUUCUAAAAUGUUUUGUAACAUUUUUGCACAAUGCAAUAUCCAAACAAUGUUAUAGAUUAUUUAUUUUAGUUUACAGGCAGUGGGCAUCGAUCUGCACACUAUGCAUGCAAUGGCAGGGGUAUUAUUAGUGACCCAAGGACCUGAAAGAUCCUUUUCUACAGCUGUGUACUAUGAAUCGGAACAUUUUUUUCCUGAGAUACUUUGGUGACAACAGAACACAUUUAUAUUAAUAUUUACUCUGGUUUUUAACAAAAUCCAACAAGGUCCUUAUUAACUACAGGCAUUGUAAUAAUCAUGGUAGGUUUUAGGUUACUGUACAAACUGGACAUUAAAGCUUAAUAUUCUGUCAUUUUAGUUUGAUCGGGCUUUUCUAUCAGGCCACACUGAUGAUGAGUGAAACAUUCAAGACAGUCACAAACUAAAUUGAAAGUGCAGGGUAUUGUAUCACUGUUUUUAUAACCACUCUGAGGUAUGGUCUCUAAGCAAUAAAAAGCAAGCAAGAAGAGUGCUCAUUUUACAAUGGAAGUUUGAUUAGCUGUCACAAACUUCGUUUACAUUUUUUUUGGUCCCACUUCAAAUGAAUAACAAAUGCUUAACUACUUGUACAAGCACUACAUAGCACAAAUCUUUCAUUAGCAAAUUCAUACUACAUGAAGGGUGAUAUCAACGGUCUUUAAUUCAUACUACAUGAAGUGUGAUAUCAACGGUCUUUAAUUCAUACUACAUGAAGGGUGAUAUCAACGGUCUUUAAUUCAUACUACAUGAAGGGUGAUAUCAACAGUCUUUAAUUCAUACUACAUGAAGUGUGAUAUCAACGGUCUUUAAUUCAUACUACAUGAAGUGUGAUAUCAACGGUCUUUAAUUCAUACUACAUGAAGGGUGAUAUCAACGGUCUUUAAUUCAUACUACAUGAAGUGUGAUAUCAACGGUCUUUAAUUCAUACUACAUGAAGGGUGAUAUCAACGGUCUUUAAUUCAUACUACAUGAAAUGUGAUAUCAACGGUCUUUAAUUCAUACUACAUGAAGUGUGAUAUCAACGGUCUUUAAUUCAUACUACAUGAAGUGUGAUAUCAACGGUCUUUAAUUCAUACUACAUGAAGGGUGAUAUCAACGGUCUUUAAUUCAUACUACAUGAAAUGUGAUAUCAACGGUCUUUAAUUCAUACUACAUGAAGUGUGAUAUCAACGGUCUUUAAUUCAUACUACAUGAAGUGUGAUAUCAACGGUCUUUAAUUCAUACUACAUGAAGGGUGAUAUCAACGGUCUUUAAUUCAUACUACAUGAAAUGUGAUAUCAACGGUCUUUAAUUCAUACUACAUGAAGUGUGAUAUCAACGGUCUUUAAUUCAUACUACAUGAAGGGUGAUAUCAACGGUCUUUAAUUCAUACUACAUGAAGUGUGAUAUCAACGGUCUUUAAUUCAUACUACAUGAAGGGUGAUAUCAACGGUCUUUAAUUCAUACUACAUGAAGUGUGAUUUAAACGGUAUUUAAUUCACAUUACAUUCAUUUUGUUAUUUUACCUUUAUUUAACUAGGCAAGUAAGUUAAUAACAAAUUCUUGUUUACAAUGACGGCCAAUCCCGGACGAUGCUGGGCCAAUUGUGCGCCGCCCAAUGGGACUCCCCAAUGGGACUCCCCAAUGGGACUCCCUUCAUGUGAAGGGUGAUUUAAACUGUAUUUAAUUCAUACUACAUGAAGGGUGAUAUAAACAGUCUUUACAUCUUGUGCGUGCUAAAUUAAGAAUAACUCUUUUCCACCCUUCAUAUAAAAUGGCAUAUUCUUAUGAAAGAGUUCUGAAUAAUCUACAUAGAUAGUCCUUAGGGUAAAUGGCUUGUGAAAGCUUCAAUAUGCUGUGUUUCAUUUAAAGUGGGACUCUUUUUUUCAUGUUCAAGGAUGGGUAUGAACACUUUUUUUUUUUUACAUCUACACUGAAGUCCGUCAGUGACCUCCCAUCUUCUCCUGUGAUUGUGUAAAGGGAUGUAAGAUUUGGUGUCAUGUAAAAGUGUUGACUACUGAGUGUGGCCAUAAAGUGCUGGUAUAAAGUAAGUCCACAGCUGUAAGAGCAAAGUAUCUUAUAAUGAAUGACAUGUAAUGAUAUGAGUUAAUGUCAUUAUAUGUAUACCAACAAAAAAAAUGGGACAUUUCUGUCUUAGAAAUGUGCUCUAUCCACUUUGUUGUGGGGUUGUAGAGGAUGAUGUGGAGAUAGUUCAAUUGUAACAGGGUGGUCCUGUGUGGUGUCUAAAGAGAUCUACAAACUGUUCAAUAAAGGACUGUCAAUUAAUCCAGCAUUUCAAAUGAGCUGUUUCUACACUGAACAACAAUAUGAACGCCACAUGUAAAGUGUUGAUCCCAGGUUUCAUGAGCUGAAAUAAAAAAUCCCUGAUAUUUU